AGAAGUAAAGUGAAGGGUCUACAUUACCACAUUGCCUCCGCAAGCAGUCUCCUCGCUCAUGACCGUUAGAGCACAGAUGGUGUGCAGCAAACAAUAUUGGCCAGUAAUCUGUUUGUGCCCUAGAAGAUUAAGAAGCUGCCGGGCUUCUAUGUGAAACCGCUCAUAUUUUCACAAAAUGUAAUUGUCCGCAGUAUAUGUUUUCUAAACCGUCACGCCAUUCCGAUGGAAAAGAACGCAGAGAUGAUGCAGUUUAAUUUUGUAUCAUAAUCAUCCAAACCUUCCUCUUUAAUUUUUUUUUGUAUUGAGUUUUUUUUUUUCCGGCAUUUGUCCAGGCUUAGCUUAGGGUUGUCCACUUAGUACAAUUUUAGCAGGGAAGUAACUCAUUAAACUGCUCGGAACGUCAGUCAUGUGAGUUGGGAUGGAUCUUCAGGCAAAUGAAGGAAUGUAUUGUGGCCUUGUUGAAUGAUCUGGGGAAAAGAAAUGAUAAAAGUAUUUCCGUAUAAGUUGAAGAGAAAUGCAGUGAAGAGACUCGAAGAGACUCGAAGAGACUGGAACUAAAAAAGAAAGAUUUGAUGUGCUUGAAUUGCGAUGACCCUCUAGAAGAACAAUGAUGGAUUCCAGGGACUACGAUCAACAGGAUGAGUACAAGUCACCGUUCAACUUUGACAGUGGGGUCAAUCGGAAUUAUCUCUUCCUGUCACCUCACCUGAGCAACACCCCCCCGGAUUCUCCCACACGGCUAAGCACUGAUUUGUUGAAACCUGAAAGUGUACCAGAAGGGGAAGAUGCAGCUGCGACAUUAAAGGACACGCUAUCAGAUGAAGAGCAGGAAAUCCUCAGACGAGAGCUGGAAAAGGUAGAAGAAGAAAUACAAACACUCAAUCAAGUACUAGCUGCAAAGGAGAGGCGUUUAGCAGAAAUAAAAAGAAAGCUUGGAGUAACUCCUCUGACUGAACUGAAGCAAAACAUUUCCAAAGGCCUACAAGAUGUUGCCGCCACCAAUGUGUACAGAAAAACCUCGGAGACCCUUUCCCAUGCUGGACAGAGAGCCUCAGCAGCCAUCUCCACAGUUGGCUCUGUCAUUACGAAAAAAUUGGAAGAUGUAAAUAUACGCUCUUUACAACAUUCCAUUAGUAUGCCUGCUAUGAGGAAUUCACCUACGUUCAAGUCUUUUGAAGAAAAGGUGGAAAACCUGAAGUCAAAAGUUGGUGGCCCCAAACAAUCCACUGGAGAUUUUGAAGAAGUGUUGAACUCUGCAGCCAAUGCCAGUGCCACAGAUGACCUGACAGAAAAGGACGAGGAGAAUCAUUGAGAUCCCCACCAAAACAUACAGCCAAAAAUGAAAGAAGCUGCAAGUGAAUGAAUGAAAAGCCCACCCAGAGCGCCCUCUUGUGUCCUUACCAGACAUUUCUAUGUUUCUUCCUCCCACUGCUUUGUGUCUCCCACCUAAUCUUAGAUAGCAACUCCUUUAGCAAAAAAAGGGGGUAGAUAGUAUACAUUCUGUGCUAGAAACCUUGCAAACACAUCUAGCCAAAAAAAUAUUUGGUGGGCAGGGAAGAUAAAGGGAUUUAUGCUUCGUACUCCUCAAUUACUGCCAAUAUGUUUUGUUACACUGGAUUCUUUAUUUACUGUUUAGACACUAAAGUUAUAUAAUAUAAAAAGUGUGCAGUAACCAAUGGACAGUCUGUGUGCUAUAAAACGUAAACUCUGCGAUUUUUGCAUUUUUCCAUGUCUAGGAAAAUGUUACUUCCACACACCCUUAUGCCUUGCACUCUGAAAUAAAUUGUUCUAUGACAGUUGUUAGAAAGGGAGGUGAGCAGAUUUUUGAAUAAAUACAUGUUUUCCAUGUUAA